GGAAGAGGCUGAUCAGAGGACACUGAGACCGUCGCGCUCAGCUCCCAAGAUGACAACGGCAGAUAUUCGCAGUUCGUUGCGCUCGUUCAAAGGUCCGGAUGGGAAGAAUCUCGAAAAAUCGACGGGGUCCGGCGCUAGCAGCGGCUGCGGUAAGCGCCUCUUUCAGGCUUGGCCCGGAAAAGCAUCCCCAAAGGCCAGAGCGAAAAAAGAACAAAUUCACGCUUUCGUGAGCAAUCGGCCUUUCUUUUCCUCCUCCUUUUCUUCCUCUCUCUCACCUCCCUUGAACGUCUGCUGUCGGCGAUCGACCGGCUGCCUGUCGUUCCCUUCCUGCGCUCGUCGAGUCGCUCAAUUCCCUCGAUCUCUCCCACAUCGCACGCUCGUCAACAAUGGCUGCUGCUGCCGCAUCCCAACCGGCCACUGAGCACAAGGUCAAGCCGGCCAAGCCUGAUGAGCAGGCGUACAAGACCGAGCUCGCCAAGCUGGAGAAGGAGCAUGCUGCCGUUCAGGAGAAGCUGACCCAAAUCAAGGCCAAGAUCGAGAGCGCCAAGCCCAACAACCAGGACUCUCCUGCCGCGAAGAGACAGAAGGAACUCCGCGCGGAGCUUGCUUCUAUCCGCCAGAAGCAGCAGGGAUUCAAGGCCUCCCGGACAAGCACCCAGGAGAAGAUCAACGCUCUUGAUGCCACCCUGAAGUCCCGCAUCGCGGAGCAGAACAGCUCCCGGAGCAAGCUGUCGUUCAAGAACGUGGAGGAGAUCGACCGGGAGAUCGCCCGUCUCGAGAAGCAGGUCGAUUCGGGUACGCUGCGUCUGGUGGAUGAGAGGAAGACCCUGGCCGACAUCUCGACCCUGCGAAAGCAGCGCAAGAACUUUGCCGGCCUGGACGAUGCUCAGAAGCAGAUCAAUGACCUGAAGGCUCAGAUCUCAGAGCUCAAGAAGAGCCUGGACAACCCCGAGGCCAAGGCGCUCAGCGACAAGUACACGGAGAUCCAGAAGGAGCUGGACUCUAUCAAGGCGGAGCAGGACAGCGCGUUCAAGAACCUCAACGCUUUGCGGGACGAGCGCACCAAGAUCCACGCGGAGCAGCAGCAGAAGUACACUGCUAUCCGUGAGCACAAGGACAACUACUACAAGGCCCGCAAGGCCUACAAGGAGUAUGAGGAUGAGGCCUGGAGGAUCCGUCGUGAGCGCCAGAAGGCCGAGCGCGAUGCCUUCGAACGGGAGAAGAAGAAGAAGAUCGCGGACAAGAAGCUGGAAGAGGCUUCUCGCCCCGCCUACACCGACGAGAUCCUCACCGCAGAGGGUCUCAUCCGUUACUUCGACCCGGCUUAUGACUUUGCUUCCAUUGGUCUCAGCGACAAGAAGGACCAGGGCGCGAACUACCGCGCCGAGGUCGGCCGUACCGUUGACGACUCCGGUCUGAAGGGUAUGAAGGUCCUCAAGAAGGAGGAGGACGACUACUUCGUUGGCACAGGUGGCAAGAAGGGUAAGAAGGGCAAGAAGGGCGGCGCCAACGGCGCUACCGCUCCCUCUGACAAGUUCAACCUGAACAUCGGUCUCAUCGAGGACUUUGCCAAGAUCAAGGUCGACCCUCCGAUGAACCAGACCGACGUGCCCACUGUCGUUGAGAAGCUGGCCGCUAAGAUUGUUGAGUGGAAGAAGAACCAGGACGCCAAGACUCAGGAGAACAUCAAGAAGGCCCAGGAGGAGAUCGAGCGUCUGGAGCAGGAGUUUGCCUCUGCCGACGACCGCUCCACUGAUAAGGCCAAGAAGCCUGCUCAGGCGAACGCAGGUGUCAAUGGCAAGGCCUCUGCGGACGCCGAACUGAAGCAGGAGAAGGAUGCAGUUGCCGACGUGUCCGAGGAGCUGAAGGAGACUUCUCUCGAAGAGAAGGCAUAGACCUGGUCGCGUUGAUACGACCGCACUCUAGACCUUAUAUACGCACGUGUGCUCUUGAUCGCUUGCUUGCAUCAGCGUCUGC